AUGACUUAUCCAGAACGACAUUAUCCCCACACGAUCCGUCCAGAACGACCUACUCCCCACACGACCCGUCCAGAACGACCUACUCCCCACACGACAGAACGACACGACGUCCACCUACUCCCCGCACGACCCGUCCAGAACGACGACCCUCCAGAACGACCACUCCCCACACGACCCGUCCAGACGACCUACUCCCCACAUGACCCGUCCAGAACGACCUACUCCCCACACGACCCGUCCAGGACGACCUACUCCCCACACGACCCGUCCAGAACGAUCUAUUCCCGCACGACCAGAACGACUCCCCACACGACCGUCCAGAACGACCUACUCCCCACACCCGUCCAGAACGAACAGACCUACUACCCGUCCAGAACGACCUACUCCCCACACGACCCUCCAGAACGACCUACUCCCCACAACCCGUCCAGAACGACCUACUCCCACACGACGGACCCGUCCAGAACGACCUACUCCCCACACGCCCGUCCAGACGACUCACGACCGUCCAGAACGACCUACUCCCUACACGACCCGUCCAGAACGACCUACUCCCCACACGACCCGUCCAGAACGACGACCCGUCCAGAACGACCUACUCCCCACACGACCCGUCCAGAACGACCUACUCCCCACACGACCCGUCAGAACGACCUACCCCACGACCCGUCCAGACGUCCAGAACGACCUACUCCCCACAUGACCUGUCAAACGACACACGACCCGUCCAGAACGACCUACUCCCCACACGACCCGUCCAGAACGACCUACUCCCCACACGACCUGUCCGAGAUCUCCGCACACGCCUUGCACGACUCGGGCCCUGAAACCGUGCCACUUCCCUGGUCCCGGUCCGGUCCGCUAGCCAUGGCGACGCACCUUCAGUUCUGA